ACCGCGAACAUGGCUAUUGGCUGCAAGCAAAGGACAAGAGGAGAAUCCGUGGUCCGCAUCCGCCCAACUCCCGCGGGCUCACCCUUCUUCUUCAAUUUCCCGUUCCCCUGCACAAUCUCAACUCUACUUCUGACUUUAAUCUCUGUGCCAGCAAUUAGUCUUCAAAUUUCAGCUACUUUUGAUUGGAUUCAAGCAGUUUACUGUUUCUUUUCCGCGUUCACUAAGCUCCUCAUGGCUUCUGCUUCUUAGCUUGGAUCAAAGUUGACGAUCUUACUAGGCUGAAACACGAUUUUGCAUGAAAAUUCAUCUGACCAGCUCUUCGAUAAACUUUUACUGGUAGUACGGCUGCUUUGGAAAUUCUAAUUUCGGGAGUAAUGUACAGGGAUGCUAGGAAAAGCAUUGGUGUCUCCCAUAUCAACAGUUGAUUCUGCAACUCGCUUCUGCUUUUCUACUGAUUUUAUACUUUAUUCCAAAUUCUCGUUGCAGCCUGGCUUUGUGACAGCCAAACCAGAUGGUGCAUGUUCAAACGUGAGCUUCUCCAAUCGUCCUUGGAAGAACGUGACAAAGGAUGCGAGGAGACAUAGUCCCUGUCCCAGGAAGUGGGAAAUCCAUUCAACUGCUCAAGUUGAAAGCUUGAUAUUAAGUGAUGAGGAUAAGAAGACAUGGGAAGCUUGCCGACAAGCUCUGUCCAUGUUCAGCUUCAGUGCUGAGGAGCAGGAUAAGAUGCUCGGAAAGGCGUUCGGCCACAUUCAUUCGCCCUACUGGGGCGAAGACAGAAAGAAGGAAGUCCCAAAGAUUGAAAUUGUAAAUGACAUACUGGAAUAUCUGAGGACACUCGGCCUUUCUGAUGAUGAUCUCUGUAAGCUUCUAAAAAAAUUCCCAGAAGUUCUUGGAUGCAAUCUUGAGCAGGAGCUGAAAACCAAUAUACAAUUGUUGGACAAGGAGUGGGGAAUUCAAGGCAAAUCACUCAGGAACCUUCUUCUGCGUAAUCCCAAGGUAUUGGGCUACAAUGUUGAUUGUAAAGGAGACUGCAUGGCGAAAUGCACCAGAUGCUGGGUUCGAUUCUAGAUGCAGAGCUAUGGUGGGUCUCUAUCUAUGGUUGAAUAUUCCCAAAAGAUAGGUAUGCUUUUUUUAUUUUAUAGUUCUGCUUUAUUCUUAUUUUAUUUGAAUAUUGGUUAAAGAAUAUUAAGAGGAUGGGAUGGUGUGAAUAUUGUAUUAAGAAGACUGUAAAGGAAAAUGCGAGUAUCGAUGCAGCAAGGCUUCAAGGCAGAAGAUUUGCAUAAGAGCAUGCAAGACGUGCUGCAGCAGAUGCCACUGCGUGCCGCCGGGAACUUCCGGCCACCGUGACCUCUGCCCUUGCUACGCCAACAUGACCACCCACGACGGCAAGCUCAAAUGCCCCUGAAUUUACCCUUUUGCCCUCCGCAUCGGACUUUCUCGUGGACUCAAAUAUUAAUUUAGUUUACGAUAUCUAAUAUACGGAAGAAACGGGAUCAUAUAAAUUCAAUUUAAAUUUAAUAGCUCUUACAAUAUGGAUUUACGUUAUAUUAUCUUGGAUAAAAUUACACGGUUGAUGUAGAACUGAUUAUACCAACUGUAAGUAUAGGUAAAUUACUAAUUUUUAUGAUUA